GCCGCAUUGUUUUUUCUUCUCUUACUGCAUUAGACGCAUUUCUGGGGUCCUUCGAAUUUUGCAUUGCAGAAAUGUUAUGAUUUUUACUCUUGCGUCUUGUUUGUUUUCCCCCCUCACAUAAUAAUAAUAAUAGCACCAGCCCGCGAUGGCUUCGCUGCAGGCAACGGCCGACGCGGUCAAGCUAGCCACGAGCUCGAUAUCGACAUGCACGCCCGCGACAAUUGUCUCGUUACGAGAGCUUCUUACCGGUGAUUCCGAAGCUGCGACUUCGUCGGCUACAGCAUCCAAAACGAAAGCUGCAACUGCUACAAAGACACCAAAGACGCCUGCGCGCGGCAGCAAGGCGCAACCAGCGGCAAGGGAGCAGCUUGCUUCACGAGACCGGUUGAUUCUGGCAACACACGUCAUCAAUGUCACGCUCAAGUCGUUAUCUGAAGCCGCAAAGCCGCAAAAGGCAGCACCGUCAUCACAAGCGACCGAGUCCGAACCAGAACAAAGCGAUGCGAAGAGGACCCUGCGCAGGUCCAGCUCCGCGCCGCUCUCACCUGUACAACCGCGAUCGCUGAAUCGCGUAACAACGUCGCCUACAACACCAGCAAAGCCUAGCAAAUCUGCAGCUUCUACUGCUUCGAGUCAAUCGACAGGAUGCGUCUCGACUGUAGAGUGUGCGCGUCUAGCGUUUGCCUGUCUGAGAAGCAUCAAAGGGCCGCUGAAGCAGGACCAGACGGACUAUCAGAUCGAAAAUGGCAUGUCUGCUUUAGUUGGCAAGAUGCUGGCCUUGGGCAUGCACGACCAAGCUCUCAAGGAGCUUCGCAUUCUCCGACGACGCUUCGACAUCACUACACCCAAGACGAAAGCUGCGGCAGCCGAGCCCACGACACAGACAAUGGCCGAACUCAUGGCGUUUCCCAUACCUACGUCGCCGCAAGGCCUGGCUACAGUUACGGGAUGCCAGCUCCAGAUAUUAAAGCUCAUUGCUGCAACAAAGAAGCCGGCGCAUAUACAAUCCAUUCUCCCAAUCCUCGACGAAUCAAACCCUUCCUCACCAAUCAACCUCCUCGUUUCCCUCGCCAAAGCCAGUGGGAAAGACGCCACCAAGACGGUGCGACAAAUCGCCGCUCUCUCACAAACAAUACUCUCCCUCGCACCGAGCGUGUCUACCGCCGAAGAUGCCAAUGCCAUGGAACCUCGAUUAUCGCCAUCGCCACUGGCUGCCUUUCAGCUCCAGUGUCUCGCGUUCCGAUGCCAGCUUACAUGGUGGAAGCUUGCUGGCCACAAAGCCAAGAUUGACGAUGAACUCGUCUCGCCGCUCUCCAGGUGCAUGCGCGCGUUUGCUAGACGAAUGGCCAGUGACGAAGCGACAAUGUAUAAAACUAUGACUGACUCCUACGAACGACUCUGCGACCUCAUCCAGGCCGGUGGAUACGUCCCCGACCAGACGGCCAACUCACCCACCUUGGCCAUUUAUCAAAUCUUCGCAACAGCCGCUCAUAGCGCCAAACGAUACGACGAUGCGUCUGAGUGGCUGAUCAAGACGAAGGAGCAGCUUGAAGCAACAGCAGCCGGUUCCAUGCGCUACGCUUCGACGCUUGCCAGACUUCUCGCUUCAACACUUAAACAAGGUAGCCUGCCUUCGAACGUGUCAGACUUGGCUCGUUCAGUCAUUGAGGGUCUGGAUGGUAGUUUAAGCGGUACUUCAACUGAACUGAAUGAACUGAUAGACGGGUUAUCGUUGGCGCGACGAUCUGUUGUCGGACGGCUCAUGACGAUACUAAACCCAACCUCCACAACAAAGCAGGAGACCACCGAGCUUGAUGAGUUACUCAAGUCGUUCGUACUGCGAUACCCCCGAUUUGUCCGCCGCUGGAUGGGCGGCACUCCAGCCAAGGAUGCUUCGCCAAAGCAAGUUCUCCAGUUUGACCAGCGCCGCCAACUCGUGAUGAAGUCGAUCAACCAAACACUCGAUGCGUCUCUGAUGGUUCUCAAGUGCGACAUUCAAGCCUCGGCUGUUGAGUGGGCGCAGAUUGAUGAGGUCCUACAGCAUUGUUCUAGUCUUCUCAACACCUUGGACGAUCCUUCGCUGUCUAUCCCCAGAGCCGAGCAGCUGGGCGGCUACUACGUGAAAAUCUCUAGUCUCUACUUUCUCUUCUUCUCGCAGCUGCGCAAGGAACCCAACAGACCCAAGGAACUUAACAAGCAGAUGCUUCAGUCGCUCAGCCGCUCUAUUGAAAUCGUCAAGGACCGCGCGCCAGCCGAGCGUGAAAAGGCACAGUUGGCUACUAAACUUGAAAUCUUCUCCGACAUGUGCAAGGGCGCAGGCCGCGCAGACGAUGCCGUGCGCACAUUAAAGUCUAUCUGCACAGACAUGGCCGAAGACGGUGUUUUGAAGGACGUUGCUGCAGCACUAGCAUCAGAGUCACCGGAUGUUGCCUGGGCUAUGAGCAGCAAGUCCAGCACGCUAUCGCGAACGCUGCGAUCCAUUUCUAAACUCGACAAGUCGUGGAAUGACUGGACCUUCUUCCUCCCCGAGACAGAGCGCGCUGCUGUCCUAGAACACCUCCUUCGCCUAAGUACAGCAGCCAGCGCUACUUGCGCACCGCCUAAACUCAACGACCCGAGCAUGAGCGCGCUUCUUCGUAUCUACUCUCUUGAAAAGUACCCGGUUCGCCGUCUGCGGGUACUGCUGCAUCUAAUGGCACAGGCUCUUGGCGAUGAGGCUGAAGUGGAUGAACUUGUUGUUCUUGUUGACCAAGGUCUUCGUCAAGUAUCGGGUCAGGAUCUGGGCGACGAUGCUGCGCUGGAGAGAUUUAUUGCUCAUCUACAGUCCUACCAUGCGUGCGUUCGUGCGCUUGCUGUGCCGGACGCUGAUGCUAUGCCAGCGCUGGACGACGCUAUUUCGACUUGGGAGAAGCUUGUGGGCAGCUGCGAGUCCAAGGCCGACAUUGAUAACGCCAUUGAUAACCCAGAAAGCUGGAUAUGCCAUUUACAGUCCCUAGGACGGCUGGCAGAGCUCAAGGGAGAUGCACAGCUACAACUGCGCAUUUCCAAACUAGUCGUGGCUGCAUCGAAAACGGUGCCGUCAACCUCGGAAGUCCCUGGCGAUGGCCAUGUUGCUGCUCACUGUGAAUUGAUUAUGCAGUACAUCAACACGGGCUCAUUUGCAAAGGCGUACCAGAUGACUGAACUAACAAACACACUGGUGGAGAGCUACAAGGAUAUUUCUCCAAGAGUUCUUGCAUCGUUCCAUCUGGCUCAGGCCGAGUACUACGCUGGCCUGGGAAACUCUGAAGAAUCAAUGGACUACUUGUCCAAAGUAAACAGCGUCUGCACGGAAUCCUACAGCUCCUGGGCGACGUCCAAGUCUCAGGCUACCUUGAUGAUCUCCAUGGCGUCGCUGGUUCAGUCCAUGGUGUCACUACAGCUAGGCGAUCUCGAGGAUGCUCUGGUCAGCAGCAAGAAUAGUGUCCGGCUGCUCUCGCACGAUUGGUCAAAGUUGGAAGCCUCUCUUACAAAUGCUUCUUCGAGUGAUACAAGCAGCGUUUCUGAUGCCAGCAUCGACUCUGUACAGCUCAAGGGCCGCACGACUGGCCCCAAGUUUUGGAUGCUGGCAUCGCCUCUGCUCCGCAGUUUGCUUCACAUGUCGUCGGUAUAUGCACAUGUUGGCAUGUUCCAGGAGACGGUGUACUACGGAGAGGCUGCUUUGAAAGUCGCCGAGAGCGCCGAGUCACGGCUCUACACUACUCAAGUCAACGGGUGGUUGGCGUCAGUGUACCUGCGAGCCGGGAAGCUCGAUAAAGCUGGCCUCCUGUUUGGCGAUAUCCGAGCUCAGAUUCCCGAUGCUCCUUCAUCUGCCAAGGUGAAGCUUGCGCAUCAUCUUGCUGACUAUUACUCCGGGGCGGGAGACAACGCUGCUGCUCUAGAGUACUUCAAGCUGGCCGAGGUGACAGCAGCGCGUCUAAACCAAGAUGAAGCCGCUGCUGUGGUCGAGACGAAACCCAAAACGAUAUCUAGAGCUCGUUCGACAAAGGCGCGAGCCCCGGCUGCUCGAGCAGCCGUCAAACGCACUGGGACGACAGCGAAGACUGCAGCACCUCAAGGGGCUUCAUCGUCACCACCACAAGAUGCCCACCAGGCGUCUCUGCUUGCUGCCAUCAUUCUAUCUCAAGCAGCAGCCUGUAUUCGCGACAAGGACUACUCGACUGCGCUCUCCAUCCUUGAGCGUGCCAAAAGCCUGCCCAAGAUGGCGGGCUCGGCGUACCAGGAACAAGUCAUCACCGCCAUGUCUCUCAUCGGACACAGCAUGGAGCAGAUAAUCUCUGACCCUGUGUUCUCCGUCAUGCAAGACUCGACAAUCUCGUUCCCUGCUGUUGCGAAAGCCAUCGAAAAGGCCUCUCCUGACAAGGACGCAGCUACCAAGUCGCCGGUAAAGCGCGGCCGAGCAGCCACAACAAGUCGCAAAGCCAAAGACAGCUCCUCGCCAGCUUUCACAGAAGCUCUUCUCCAGGCUCAGGACUUACUGGUUCAGGCCCAUGCUACUGCAAUGACCACCUCAGACAGCAGCAUGGUGCGCCGCAUCUCAGCGCUUCUCCAAAACACCAUCAUCCUCCUCUCCGCAACGUCGGCCGGCAAGCCUAAGAGCGCCGUGUCGUCUGCGCUGGGCACGGUGGCCGUCGACCUCGCACACAACAUCACCUGGCGCCGCGAGCAAAAGGCUCUCUGCGCUGCAAGCCCUCGCCACGACGACCCCCAGGAACAAGCGAUGCACACGAACCGCCGCAUGACAGUUGCUCUGACGUCUGAUAUCGCCAGCUUCCAGACAAGUUAUGUCGAGAACAUACCCGCCAAAUGGAGCGUCAUGUCUAUCUCACUCAGUGAGAACCAGCAUGACCUAUGCAUCACCAAGUUCCAGGCUGGCCACUCGCCGUUUAUCCUGCGCCUUCCCUUGGAGCGCGCCAACUCGCGCGAUGCCGAUGCCGAAAUCUUUAACUUUGAGCAUGGCAAGGAGGAGCUCCUUGAGAUUAUCAAGCUGGCUAAUGAGAGCAGUCACUCGGCGCGCGACUUUAGCAUCCGCGGCGAGCGCAAUGCCUGGUGGGCGGAGCGUGAGGCCCUCGACACACGUCUCAAAGACCUGCUUGUCACGAUUGAAAGCACCUGGCUCGGCGGCUUCAAGGGCAUCUUUUCACAGCAUGAGCGCCGGCCAGACCUACUUGCGCGCUUCCAGAAGAACUUCCAGAAGAUGCUGGACAGUAGCCUGCCGUCACGAUCUGGACGAGGCAAGAAGGCUGCCACCGCUGCACCAGUAACGCUGGACCCGCGCAUCCUGGACCUGUUUAUUGGUCUUGGGGACGCAACGGACCUCGACUGCGACUUUGACGAGGCACUCAACGACCUGCUCUACUUUGUCGUGGAUAUCCUCCAGUUCCAUGGCGAACGCAACGCUUACGAUGAGAUUGACUUUGACGCCAUGGUUGUUGAGACAUAUGAUGCUCUACGCGGGUACCAUGCGGCGUCCAAGAAUAGUGCCGAGCGCGAAGACGGCUCCCAUACCAUUUUAGUUCUUGAUAAAGCACUACACGCAUUCCCCUGGGAAUCGCUGCCUUGCAUGCAAGAUCUAGCCGUGUCGCGCGUGCCGUCGCUCGCCGCGCUGCGCCAGCUCCUCGCCGAGACGAACAAGGCCAAGUCGCCAGCCUCACCGCCGGGCCACUACGUGUCUGCCCAGGGAGGCACGUACAUGCUGAACCCGUCGGCGGACCUGAAGACGACGCAGGCGUUUUUCCAGCCAGCCUUCCGCGCGGGCCUGCCGUCCUGGACGUCUAUUGUGGGUAGCGAGCCGUCGGAAGAGGCCUUUGAGGCUGCGCUCAGCGGCUCAUCGGAGAUUCUGCUCUACUUUGGCCACGGUAGUGGCGCCCAAUACAUCCGCGGCAAGACGAUCCGCAAGAUGGCAAAAUGUCGCCCGGCCACGUUCCUCAUGGGCUGCAGCUCUGCAGCGCUCUCGGAGGCUGGCGACUUUGAGUGCUAUGGGCCCGUCUGGAACUACAUGAUGGCCGGGUGCCCAGCAGUCGUUGGCACACUGUGGGAUGUCACAGACAAGGACAUUGAUAGAUUUGCUGGACGCGCGUUUGAAGAAUGGGGCUUAUUUGCACGGGGUACCUUUUCGCAGGGUGCAGGAGUCAAACAGGAAGGCGAGAACAUGCAUGGCAAUGCGUCGCUUGUUGAGGCUGUCAUGAGGGCGAGGGGGGCGUGCAAGUUUCGCUACUUGAAUGCGGCGGCUGUGGUUGUAUAUGGUAUUCCCGUGUAUGUUGAUGCAUAAUGUGGUGUUUUGCUUAUUUGCCUGGUUGCUAUUUUUAAAUGGGCCAUUUCACCUUCUUCUUUUGGCCGUUUUGUAUAGAGUAUUAUAGAAUUGGGAUAAUUUAUGACAUGUUACAACACUUGGUCCCUAUACAGACGAGGUCCUUGUGUUUGCGCAGGCAAGCAAGGGAGCGAUGUGUGUGCUGUCUUUGAUGGGAUGCGACGUCGUAGUGUAAGUGAGGCCAGGCGCAUUUGCAAAAAUAUAGCUACAUGUUUGCCAUCCAAUGUACACUGGCGCGUACCAACAGUUCACAACAGUAUCGCUGCUCUCCAUCGCACAACGACUGCUAAACAGAUCCAAAACGCUGUUGUUGAAACUCGCUUAGGAUGGAGGCGCUGCGCCCCUCGGCCGCAC